UGAGUCGGAGCCACUGUGGAUAGACGAAGUGUUUCAGUCGGAUCAUAUUCAGUGACACACCGUCACUUCCGUGUAGUGAGCAAACCUCUGGCGGCAGCUGUGAACUGGACGUUAACAGCUGCUAAUGAAGUUAAAAUAUUCAUUAUAAAUCUAAUUUUAGAGCAGAGACACAGAGUUAAUUAGCUGUUUAGCUAACGCGCUCUGAGCGGCUCAGAAAACGUAACUUAGCGUCGUUUAAUUUUUAGUUUCAGGUAAGUAGUUGUGUUAGCAUGGACGUUAGCGGGGAAACUGUGAGCAUGGCCUCAGGAGAAGAAGCCCAGCAUCUCACACAGGAGGAGGAGGAGGAGUUAGAGUCCGAGUCCGAGGAGGAGGAGGAGGAGGUGGAGUCCGAGGAGGAGGUGGAGAAGGAGCUGGAGCUGGAGCUAGCUAACAUGACAGUGGAAGACCUGCUGCAGAGGGUUCAGGCCGUGCAGACCGACAGCACCACGGAGGAGCUGGGCGUCAACACGGAGCCGGACUGGGAGAGCCAGGUCGCCGCCAUGUUGGAGUACAGCACCCACCUGUCGCAGCAGUACGACGACCUGACGAAGAAGCAGGGCGAGGAGGAGGUGGCGCACGAGAAACACAAGCAACAGCUGCAGAAGAAGAAGGAGGAGGCCACGCGGCAGCACCAGGCUCUGCUCGACAAACUGGAGUCUCUGCGAGUUAAACUGCAGCUCAACAACUCCAAGGCUGCCAGGAAGAACUUCUUAGCUAAAAAACAAGAGAUGACGUCAGAGAAGAACAGAGCAGAGGAGGAGAGGAACAGGCUGGCCAAGGAGCUGGAGGAGAGCGAGAGGAAGCUGACGGCGCUCACAGAGGAGCAGGGCGAGGAGCAGAGGAGGUGGCAGGCGGAGCUGGAGGAGCUGAGGCAGGAGAUGGAGCGAGUGAGGAAGGAGGCGCAGGAGGCCGACCUGCUGGCCUCCCAGGACGAGAAGGCUGCCGUGGAAAAGCAGAGGGAAGUCGCCAUGACUCGCAUCGAGGGCUGGCUGAGAGAGGUGGGACAGUACCUGAACACUCUCAGGGUGGAGUUUCCUCAGCAGUUCCCUCAUGAGAGGCAGAAGUGGGAGAAGAAGGAAGCUGCGGUCCGGAGGAGCCAGGCCGAGCUCCAGAGCCGCUUCCAGGAGGUUCUGCAGCAGCUCCAGCAGGGUCGAGACUUAGAGUCCCUCCCCAGGAUCAACGUGCCGUCUCUGCCGCAGGUCCCCAUGGCCGACCUGAGAUUCAGUCAGCUGAUGCAGUCUCUGGUGCAGCCACAGUUCGUGUCCCCUGCUCCUCCAAACCCCGCGCCCCGACCCCUCCCUCCGCAGAGACACCCAAACUAUUACCAGGAACAGUACCAGCCCCUUCACCGCGCCCAGUUCCGGCACCGCUACCCCCACCCACGACACCACACGCCCCCCGAACACCUCUUCCAGCCCCCACCACCGCUGCAGCACCAGCCGGCCCAGACUCAGUUCCAGCCCCACAUCAGAGCAGCAGCGAGGGUGACGCCCCCUCCCAGCCUGUCGCCAUCCCCCCCUGUUCAACCCAUCCACCCUGUAGUUCCCUCACCGCCUCCCCCCACUGCUGCUACUACCGCCACCUCCGCCCCUGCCGGCAAACUCGACAAAGUCCUGGAGAAGCUCGGGUCCAGGUUCCCACAAUGCAACAAGGCCCAGCUGACUCACCUGCUCCAGCAGGUGAAGAGCUCCCGCGGCACCUUGGCUGGCAUGUCCAUGGAGGAGGUCAUCGAGCAGGUCGGCCUCAAGCUGGCACAGAACGAGAGGCUGGCCCCGGGGCCCAUCAGCCGGCCCAUGCCCCCGGGCCCGAUCCAGAGACCGGUCCCUCCCCAGCAGAGAGCCGGAGCAGCGGCACCGGGCGGAGGUCAGGGCGCCGGGGCCCGUAAACUCUGCCUGAUGUGCCAGAACCCUGUGGAUCCAGAGAGCCGCCACCCGCUGAGCUGCACCCACACCAUCCACAAAGACUGCAUCCGGGUGUGGCUGCAGUCCAGCAAGAACAACUCCUGCCCCUUCUGCCCGGGGAAGUGACGGAGAAAACCACAACUGUGAUCAAAUCUGGCAAUGUUCUCUCUACACUGGACGUCUGUGGACUCAACACACUAAGGGACAGUCACAGCUGGUGCCCCCUGCUGGUCAGCGUCUGCUCAGUCCUCCAUCAGCCUACUGAACGAGAACAGCUGAGUUCCCAACAACAAAGCUCUUUGAGGAGUUAUCAUGGUGAAAGAGAGAGCAAGCUAGCAACAUGCUAAUAUUAGUGUUUUGGUACCAGUGCCAGUCUGCUGUUACACUGGUACUGAUACCAAAGCCUUCUCAAACACUGAAGUUGGACUUACACAAACACGUCAUGUCGAUCAUCUGUAAAGAACUUUGAGUUGCACUGAGCUGAAUGAAAGAUGACAUUUAAAUAAAGUUUGUUUGAUUUAGAUCACUACGGAAAAAUAAAAAGUUAUCUAGUCAAAGUUUUCUGUCUGAAAAAGUAUAAUGUAAUAUUUAUGCUGACAUCAGUCUGAUUUGUGAUAUUCAGUGUAACCAUCUGUGGAGGUUCUGUGGCUGAGUAAUAAUAAUAAUAUUCACGUCUGUUGAUUA